AUGCCACACGCCAACCAGAAGCUGCUGCCCAUCGGGUGCAAGAUGAAUGAUGCGGCCUACCCCUUUCGUGGGGAGCACCGUUUGGCCGACUGCAUCAACCACGGGCAUACUGGCGUCACAAAGAGAACCCCGACGUCCAUUGCGAUGCGCAUUAGCGGAUCCAAUUUAGUAAUCGAGCAGGUGAAGACGCCAAAGGGGGUGGAGUUAGAGUGCGAGCUGGGCAUUGACGGCGGCAUCCCACGACCGGUGUCGCUCCAUCAAGCGUCUGCCUUUAUGGUGCCCAGCGAUGGUCACUACUAUAACCUCGUGGCUGCUGUGAAGGUCAGUGGCAAUCCGGCGAAGCACUACUGCCGACUCACCUUCAAUGGAAGUGAGGGCGCGAGUGUGCUGCGUGUGCGGGCACCGGAGAACUGCAGCCCAGAUGCGGUGUACAUUGUUGCGGACGGCCUUCGGCUGUGGCCAACGGAAGGGUGGUUCUGCAUUCCCAUCCAGGCGAAGGAGUGCGCUCUGGUUGCAAAUCUCCCGGUUGAGAGUGCGCCGUCUCCUCCCUUUUCCUACAUCGCUGCUGCUCCUCCAUUGCUACCAGCAACCAGUGACAAACUUACUGAGAAGGCGCCGGAAAUGGCCAUAGCGGGACCAUUGGUCGCAGUGGACGUGCCGGAAUUGGAGACGCGUAUUAAUCCACCUCUCAUCCCUAACAUGGGGGCGUUCAGCCUUGCUGAAUCCUGCGCCGCAUCGAUGCCGAGUUUUGUCGCAACCGCGCUGGGCUUCAGCCUGCAACUGACCGGCGAAGACAGCAGUUCCGCAUUUGGUGUCGGUGUCGCCGCACUGCCGCUGAGUCACCGCCGAGCUCAGACAGUGCAGAUCGUCGUCACCAACGCAGAGGGGCGGGUGGUGCUGCGGCAGCGAUCGCAUGUGCCAGCACUGGAGCCCGCAGCCGUCUGUCUGUAUCUAACUGAUGAUGCCACGGGUGGACUUGCCGUGUGCACGAAUCCGGGUAGCAAACUCACAGUCGGUGGCGUGCCGCAGGCGGAUCCUUCGGUCGCGGCUACCCUGCCGCGCGUUGUGGCCGAACAGGUGGCUGUGGAGCAGCCAAACGCAGACGGCUCCGUCUCGAAGGCCGUGCUGCACGUGGCACCGAAGUUUGAGCCGGCCCCCCUCCCUGUAGUGGCGUUGCAGCACCCGCAAGUGCAGGCACAGGCCCAGCCAGAGAGCUGGGUGAAGGAGCUGUGUGAGGUGCUUCAAACCUCGAACCCCGAGGAGCAGCGACGCCUCGUGCAGAACAUUCAUCCCUCGUCGAUUUCCGGCAUGUCAAUAGUAAAUUUUAUGCGUGAUCAGCUCACCCGCCAACCACCUGUCAUCUCCUUCACCGUCUCUCGUAACGGCUUGGAGGCGGUGCAGUGCUCCGGCUGUUCGGUUACUGCUGCUGUCGGCAACGAUCCUGUGCGUCAGAUUCCGGCCUUCGGCUCGGUGGCGUUGACGCCCGGCAAGUCGGCUGUACUGACAGCUACCAAUAUGUUGACGCACCGCGCCGCAUCGGCGUGUCAAGUGCAGAUGGGGAUGUGGGGCGCUGCGAGCUCUACCAGCGUGACGGACUCGGCAGGGUCACCUAUGCAGGCUGGCGCCUCGGCCGACGCCAAGGCGGAUACCUCCCUGGUGAGCCGUCUUGUGGACUGCCUGCUGCACCACAAGGUGAGCGCACCGCUGGUCGCCGACGAGCUUGAGAGCAUGUCGACGACAUCGCUUUCUGCACAGGGACGCCACAUGCUUACACUCCUCACAAGCUGCCUACGCAGCGCUGCCGCGGCGCAGGCCGCCAGCACUAAAGCCGCAGCAGCGGCCCAGGAAUCCCCGGAGGAGCUCUUCUUCACCUGCGGGCCGGGCUACCUGGACAACAUCUACACAGCUCAACCGCAGUACCAACUGUUUGGUACUGUAGACUACCAGGCACCACAGGUCCUGCAGCAGCGCGGCCGUAUACCUGCGCAAGGCAUCCUCGAGGGUGAGCACAGAUCCUUCUUCAUCCGUAUCACAGCACGCGACCCAACAACAGGAGACAUUAAGGCGGAGAGGACGAUCACGGUGCUCGGUGUUCGGCCCGCAGCGGAGUCGACCUCUGCUGCUGUGGAAGCACCACCGCCCACCGAACGCAGCGACGCCACUGCACCGACAGCUACAAAGGUGCCACCCGAGUCGUUCGCUGAGGAGCCGUUGCGCGGAGUAGGCGCAGCAGCUACUGCGGCACCCGCUUCGAUGCCGGAACAGCAGCUGGUCCCCGGCGACGAGGCAGCGGCGAUUCCAUACAUGGACAUCUCACUCCAGGCAGUGGGCAACGAUGUCCAGGCGCGCAUCCUGUGUCAUCCGCAUCUCCGCAUUGUGUGCGACGUGGACGGCGUCGGCGGUAACACGGGCCUGUCUGACUUUGUGGCCAAGAUGCUGGCCACCCGUUUCCACCAGGUCAACCUGAGCCUCAUAGAUGUGCGUGGCAAUGUGGUGUUCCAGCAGAAGCUCGGUGUUCCAGCCAUGGUAUCGCCUCGGUGGGGGCUGGCGCUGCAGCAGAACGGCCUCUCCGUAGACCCGGAGAUGGGCAGUCUGGUGACUGCAUCGAUCGACAGAGCGCUGGAGCGGACGCUGCAGGGCAACUUUGUCUCCUUUGACGCGAGUGUGCCGCGCUUCGUGCAUCUGCGCAAGUACCACGACACUAUUCAUGGCAUCUGCGCCGGUGAAGUAUCACUGCGCCUGCCUGGCUUGACGCUACCGCCAGAGCUGGAGGAGGUGACGAACAUUAUGCGGCGUCGUGCUGACGGCCAAGUCAGCGAUCCACAGACAAAAGCGGAGCUGCAGCAGCUGCGUGCUCGCUGCACCGCGUCGGCCGUUGUGGCACUGAUCACCGCCAUCCUCGACGGCUGGCCUACGCGAGGUGGUGCGACUCCGCCCACAUCGGGUCGCGAUAGCCCAUCGAGUCGUGUAUUCUUCCGUUUAACCGGGACGGAUUGA